AUGGCGCGGAUCAGGGGCGCAGUUGUACGGCAGUCAGGUAUCAAUAUGGCGCGGAUCAGGGGCGCGGUUGUACGGCAGUCAGGUAUCAAUAUGGCGCGGAUCAGGGGCGCAGUUGUACGGCAGUCAGGUAUCAAUAUGGCGCGGAUCAGGGGCGCGGUUGUACGGCAGUCAGGUAUCAAUAUGGCGCGGAUCAGGGGCGCGGUUGUACGGCAGCAGGUAUCAAUAUGGCGCGGAUCAGGGGCGCAGUUGUACGGCAGCAGGUAUCAAUAUGGCGCGGAUCAGGGGCGCAGUUGUACGGCAGCAGGUAUCAAUAUGGCGCGGAUCAGGGGCGCGGUUGUACGGCAGUCAGGUAUCAAUAUGGCGCGGAUCAGGGGCGCGGUUGUACGGCAGUCAGCCACACAGAGCUGGACCGAUGACCUCCCUCUCUGUCAGCUGUGUGGGGUUGGCUCGGCUGUGAAUCGAGUGUACACACCGGACGGCAAGGCUGUGCAGGAGCACCCCUACGAGGAUGGGUACAUGCGAUUCCAGGGUGAAGACGGCUGCUGCCUGUAUGGUGUGUUUAAUGGCUACGAUGGGAGCCGCGUGGUCAGCUUCGUGUCCCAGAGGCUCUCUGCAGAGCUGCUGCUGGGGCAGCUCACUGUGAGCCACGGUGACGCGGACGUCAGGAGAGUGCUGCUGCAGGCUUUUGAUGUGGUCGAGAAGAGCUUCCUGGAGUCCAUCGAUGAUGCGCUGGCCGAGAGGGCCAAUCUUCUCUCACAGCUCCCCGAGGGUGUCCCUUUUCACCAGCUCCCCCAGCAGCUGCAGAAGAUUGCCGAGCGGGUCAGUGUGGUGGAGCAGGAGGUGUCUGGGGGGGCCACAGCAGUGGUGGCUCUCAUUCUUAACAAGAAGCUCUACGGGGCCGUGUCGCUGAGGGAGCACGGGGAUUAUGAUCCUGUCACCACGGCUCGUGUCGCUGAGGGAGAACGAGGGCUAUGUCUCUGUCUCCAGUGUGUGUGCCUGACCCUGUCGCUGAGGGAGCGCGGGGAUUAUGAUCCUGUGUGUAGGGGGCUGGACGGUGCUUGUGUCCAGUGGCUGUGGCUGACGGUGCUGUGUGUCCAGCAGGCUGUGCUGUGUGUGUUAGCUGGCAGGCUGGACGGGGCUCGUGUCCAGCAGGCUGUGCUGAGGUGGCUGGACGGGGCUCGUAUCAAGCAGGCUGGGUUGAUCGGAGGCCAGAGCAGCACACGCAGGAUCGGAGACUACAGGGCUGGGGGAGAGGAGAGAGGAGACUACAGAGUGAAGUAUGAAUACACAGACAUGGAUCUGCUCAGUGCCUCCAAGUCUAAGCCAAUCAUAGCCGAGCCGGAGGUCCACGGAGGGCACUCAUUGGACGGGGUGACCGGGUUCCUCCUCCUGAUGUCUGAUGGGCUGUACAAAGCGCUGGAGGCGGCUCAUGGGCCUGAGCAAGCCAAUCAGGCGCUGGUGGCGACAGUAGCCGCGGAGUGCGCUCAGCAGACCUCCCUGGACGCCGUGGCCCAGGCCGUGGUGGAUCGGGUGUGCCGGCUUCACCACGACACCUUCGCCAGCGGCCGCGAGCGCGCCAAGGACUGCCUGCGCCACGAGGACAUGACCCUGCUGAUCAGGAGCUUCAGCUACCCCCUGGGGGGCGAGGCUGGAGACCCCGCGCUCACACCCACACAAGGCGGGCGUCUCUACCCAGUCUCGGUCCCCUACUCCAAUGCCCAGAGCACCAGUAAGACCAGCGUCACCCUGUCGCUGGUGAUGCCCUCGCAGGGACCGGUGAUGAAUGGCAGCCACACCAACUCUACCGUGGAUGAGACCACGCCCACCCUCACCAAUCAGAGCCCCACGGCCACGCUGCAGUCCAGCGGCGCCCACACUCAGAGCACCAGCUCCAGCUCGGGGGACGGCAGCCUGUUCCGACACCGUGGCCACGCCCUGCAGCCCGACGAGAACGGCCGCGUCGAACCCUACGUGGACUUCACCAGCUUCUAUCGGCUCUGGAGCAGAGAGCACCAGGAGAGCUCGGCCGCCGUGCUGGGACCGCAGUGAGGGGGAGAGGAGAGAGGGGUGGAGAAAGAGAGGGGGAGAGGAGAGAGAGAGAGAGAGAGAGAGAGAGAGAGAGAGAGAGAGAGAGAGAGAGAGAGAGAGAGAGAGAGAGAGAGAGACUGGCCAUCCGUUCAAUCAUACUGACUGGGAUGCGCUGUGAUGCACCGUUUGUCCACCAGAGGGCUGUUCAAUAAUACCAGCAUUUCGGUAAACCAGGGGAAAUGUUCCUCACGGUACCCUGCUUAGCACCCUGCAGAUAAUUCAACUCUACCCAUUCCAGAGCGUUCCCUCGACUCAGUGGAACUCCGCUGCGGCCAGAAAGGAUCGCUCCGCCCUACAGAACGAACUCAUUCUGCUUCCCAAAAUCGAGUGAAACCUGCCCAUCAGUGUUACCGUAUUGAAUUGCACGCAGCUCUGCAGUUCCCCCUGUACUUAACGAGAAACUGUGACAUUUCAAAAUCCUGACGUGUUUUCUGUCACUGCUUGAUAAAUUAAAGAACGUCUGCCCGUC